UAAAAUGGACGAGCAGCUCCCAGACUCUAUGACCCAAUUCUGUGGACAGAAAACUCAUCACUUUAACUAUCUGCAGUGUUUUUUUUUUUUUAAUUUAUAAUAACUCUUUUUGUCUGUUUUCUAAUCUUUUUACACUCUGCCAUCCUGCUGCAUUAUUUCUAGAAGUGAAUUUGUAAACAGAGAACAAUCAAAUCACGACGCAGAGUGCAGCCUUUUCGUCAUUUGUGCAAAAAUCCAUUCUUUCUUUUGCAACCUUUGUGACUUUUUUAAGCAGUUUACACUUUAUAUUUUGUAGGUUUUUGACCUUAAAGGUGUUUUAAAAUAUGUCAAUUGUUAUUUUAACUAUCCAGCAUGCAUCUGCAGAAUUGCACAAUAAUGCUGCAUUCAGGUAAAAUCCAGCUUUAGGUGCAGGUAAUUACUAAAAUAAAGUUCUGGCCUCUCUCUUUCUGUAUGUCUGUGUGUGUGUGUGUGUGUGUGUUUUAAUGUCUCUGCUGGUGUGUUGCGGUGCAGCAGGCAGGUCCACGCGGUGAGGGGUGUGUCAUUAAUAAGUAAUUAGACAGGGGUCACAGUAGCCACUUAUAUAAAGAGACCCUCUCAGCCAGGCAGGGCAGCUUUUACGCACAGACAGUUUGGAGCAGAAGGACGGACUGAGGAGCAGCUCUGUGUGUGUCCACUCCUUCCUCCUCCUCUUUUAGUCAUCGCUCCACUCGCAGCUUGCACCGCUGUUAUCAUUUCAGGGGUUUUUAUUCUCUUUUUCUUUUUUUUCCUUUUUCGUUUUUUUUUUUUUUUUUUUCUUUAAACCUUGCAACAUGGGCUCCGUGCUACCCGCCGACGCUUUGGCUCUCAAGUCUGGAUUUAAGUGUCCGAGCCGCUCGCUGUCGGACGUGAUCACCUCGGACAUCCUGCACAGCUUCCUGUACGGCAGGUGGAGGAACGUGCUGGGCGAACACCUGGCGGAGGAGCGGCAGAGCGGAGGAUGCGGCGGCAGCGGCGUCAGCCCCAAGACCGCGUUCACCGCCGAGGUGUUGGCACAGUCCUUCGCUGGAGAGGUGCAGAAGCUGUCCAGCCUGGUGCUGCCCAGUGAGGUGAUCAUCGCCCAGAGCUCGAUCCCUGGAGAGGGUCUGGGCAUCUUCUCAAAGACCUGGAUCAAGGCAGGGACCGAGAUGGGGCCCUUCACGGGCAGAGUCCUGUCCCCUGAGCACGUGGACCUGCUGAAGAACAACAACCUGAUGUGGGAGGUGUUCAACGAGGAUGGCACGGUGCGUUACUUCAUCGAUGCCAGUCAGGAGGAUCAGCGCAGCUGGAUGACCUACAUCAAGUGCGCCCGGAACGAGCAGGAGCAAAAUCUGGAGGUGGUGCAGAUCGGCAGCAGCAUCUUCUACAAGGCAGUGGAGACCAUCCCUCCAGACCAGGAGCUUCUCGUGUGGUAUGGAAACACACACAACACAUUCCUGGGAAUUCCUGGAGUUCCCGGAACAGAUGAAGAGCACCAGAAGAAAAGCAGGAAUGAUGACUCCCACUCCUGCGACGGCCCUUCCUCCUGCUCCCCCUCCUCCUCCUCCUCAUCCUCCACCUCCUCCUCCGCCAUGGCAACCACCGGCCGCAUGCGCUGCGUCAUCUGCCACCGCGGCUUCAACUCCCGCAGCAACCUGCGCUCCCACAUGCGCAUCCACACCCUGGACAAGCCCUUCGUGUGCCGCUUCUGCAACCGCCGCUUCAGCCAGUCGUCCACGCUCCGCAACCACGUCCGCCUGCACACCGGCGAGCGGCCCUACAAGUGCCACGUGUGUCAGAGCGCCUACUCGCAGCUGGCGGGGCUGAGGGCCCACCAGAAGAGCGCACGACACAAGCCCACCGCGCCCAGCUCCGACGUGCCCUCGCAGGUGUCCCCUCCUCCUCCUCCACCUCCUCCUCCUCACACUCACCCACAGAUCACAGCCAUGCCUCACCAGCACCAGCUGCCCCUGGUGCACCACAUCCCCACCAUGGUGCUAUGAUGAUAGAAAAAACACAAAAACAUGGAGGGACAGUCACAAGCAGAACAACAUUGCACUUUAGAUUAGAGCUGUAGUGGAGAAGUAAAGGAAGCUCCCGAUGACACGGGCCUUUAUUAAGGAAACAAAUGAGUUGAUGUGAUAGUAAAGCAUCUCACAAAGACACCUAAAUGUUUUGCCUUAUUUGUAUUGCUUGUUUCUUUUGCUAUUAAGUGAUCCAAAUCCCAGCAGAAGGAUGUUUUAAUGUUUUGUAUUUUGGAAGCUGAAAUCUCCAUCCAGAUUUUUACAAGUAAUUAGUUAUCAGUGUUUCUCUGUGUACUCUUGAGAACUGAACAUGUGUCAAAUAUCACUACAAAUGACAGGACAGAUGUUUUCUACUUUUUUUUUUUUACAUCAUGUUUAUUUUUGCUUCACAUGGUCACCAGCUCAGGUGGAAAGUACCUUCAGUCAGAGAUCUGUACAGUCAGUAGAAACUGAGGGAUGCAGCCACCGGUGUACAUCGUUUCAGCUGCGUUGUUCCACACUGUAAACUGAAAUUGUCACUUUAACCUUGUACAGACUGUAUACUUUGGAGAAUUGUGUAAUUGUAAAAUUGUAUUGUAUGCUACUGUACAUGUGAAUGUAAAUAGAGUUGUGUUUUCUUCUAUUCUAAAUAAAUGAUAUGAUA